AACGGAAUGCGGAACCAAUGUCGCCGCGUCAGGACUUGAAUGGACGGAGUCUUUACGGUGUAGCACGCUGUCAAAACGUGAAACAACAGCAGAGUGGAAAACGUUAUUAGGUGAAAACCUAAAAUAUCUGCGUCUGAGGAGCAAUAAGAUCAGAUCCAUCUUGUGUCCCUGUCCAACAUUAUUUCUGGCAUGGAUGACAUGGUGAUGGAGGAGGAAGAUGAUUGCCCAGAGUUGGUGCCCAUUAACACCCUGCCUGGUCCUCCUGCAGAGCAGAUACCUGUCACCAUCAUCACAGGCUACCUUGGUGCUGGAAAGACUACACUCCUGAAUUAUAUAUUAACAGAGCAACACAACAAGCGAAUUGCAGUCAUACUCAAUGAAUUUGGAGAGGGCAGCGCCCUUGAGAAGUCCCUCGCAGUGAGCCAUGCGGGAGAGCUGUAUGAGGAAUGGCUGGAACUGAGGAAUGGCUGCCUCUGCUGCUCUGUCAAGGACAAUGGUCUUAAAGCCAUCGAGAACCUGAUGGAGAAGAAAGGAAAGUUUGACUACAUCCUGUUAGAGACCACAGGACUCGCUGAUCCAGGAGCUGUGGCCUCCAUGUUCUGGGUCGAUGCAGAGCUCGGCAGUGACAUCUAUUUGGAUGGCAUCGUCACUGUCAUCGAUGCCAAGUAUGGACUGCAGCAACUAGCAGAGGAAAAGGAAGAUGGACUUGUCAAUGAAGCAGCCAGACAGAUUGCUGUCGCUGACCUGACCAUAAUCAACAAGACAGACCUGGUGAAUGAGGAGGAACUCGCUCAAAUCCGAGAUGCGGUCAGGUCUAUAAAUGGUUUUGUCAAGAUUCUAGAAACCCAGAGAUCAAAGGUGGAUCUCUCUCAAGUGCUGGAUCUGCAUUCCUUUGACAGUAAGGAUGGAGCAAAUCUUGCAGAGAAGCUCCAACUUGUGAAAUCUACAAGACCACAUCUUGACAAGAGUAUUUUAACUGUGACGUUUGAAGUAGCUGGAGAUCUUUCUGAGGACACCUUGAAUGUCUUUAUCCAGGACCUCCUUUGGGAAAAGAUGUUCAAAAACAAAGAAGGGGAGCCCAUGACUGUCAUUCGUUUAAAGGGCAUAGUAUCGUUUGCAGGUAAAGCCCACCAAGUGAUGCUGCAGGGGGUCCACGAACUGUAUGACCUGAAUGAGACUCCACAGCUGUGGGAGGAGAACCCGCGGAUCAACCGACUGGUCUUUAUAGGUAGGAAUCUGGACAAGGAAAUUCUGCUGGAACAGUUUAUCUCUAAAGUGGUGCACGGAGCAGAGAGAAAUUAGCUACGAACUCUCCCCUCCUAUUUGCAGUGAAAACUGUUGAUUUUUGAUCCAAUAAAUCUGGGACUGUUUUGCAGAAGGUCGCUCCUUGUUCUUCAAGAACAUGAGGUACGUCAGAGGAUGUUUAUGGUUUCAGGGUGAUCAAUACAGUAGUUUCAAAUUGUGAUAAUCCAUCACUACCUGUUUUAAAAGCUGCAGUACAUCGAAGAGUGUAUAAGUUGCUGUAGUGCCUGAACUAAAUGCUGUGUGUCACCCAGGAAACUUACACUGAAUAGGACUUCUAAAAUGUGUGCCCCAACAAAGAUGCUACAAAGGUCCAGAAAUGUGAUCAAUAUGUUGUAUUUUUUAUAAAAAUGGCUUUGUAAAAUCUGCUGGUUUUGAAGGUUGGGAGCCCAAGUAGUGUUGGAAGUUACUCACAUGCUAUGUCAAGUGCUGUACUUUAUAAAUGAAGUAGCCUUGCUCAUGUUUCUGGCUUUUAACAUCCUGUUUCUUAAAUUAUUUCAAAAUAAAAUUGUUUUUUUCUG